GCGGCGCGCUGGUUCCGGUGCCUCCCAGUGGCGCCGGGGCCGCUCCGGGGGCGUGGGCAGGGUUGGAGCGGCGCCUCAAGGGCCGAUUCCUUCUUCCCGCCGCGGCGGGGAGUCGGCUUCCCGCGUACCGGGGCUGGGCCCGGCCGUGCCCUGCCCGGCUCGCCGUGGCUCCGGGGACAGCGGAACAGCGAGACUGUAAGAAGAUUCCCAUCUGGAAUGCUGCAAACUCCAAGGAAAGCGGCACAAUCGAAGACACAUCUGCUGCCAUGGUGAAUGAGAAACACAAUGGCACCCUGCUUGUGCAGCUGGGGCCCAAACUGCAGGCCUACCCAGAGGAGCUGCUCCGGCAGCGGCGAGGCCACGACGGCCGGCCGGAAUACCUGGUCCAGUGGAGCAUCGUCAGCUUGGAAGAGAGAGCAGCGGGAGGCAGCAGUGCCUCCUGUGCAGAGACCAAGCCAGAGCACAUCUCCAUGUGGAUGUCUGCAGAAGAGGUCUGUGCCAGCUGCCCGGCGCUGCUGGGCCGGAGGAGGCCGGAAGGGCCGCGGCUGAAAGAGGAGAAGGCGCCCGGUCCGUUGGCCGCGGAGGUGGCGCUGGACGAGGCCUCGCUGCUGGAGAUGAAGGCCGAUGUCAGGAGCCUGGUGCAGCGAGCCGGGCGCCAGGUGGCCGAGGCCGGGACGCCCGAAUGCUCCAUCCUGAGCACGGUGCACGUGCUGGGCGCCUACGCCAGCAUCGGCUCCCUGGCGGGCGCCUUCAGGGAGACGGGAGCCCUGGACCUGCUGAUGAGGAUGCUGUGCCACAAGGAGAAGCAGAUCCGCCGCAGUGCCGGCGAGAUGCUGCGCGCUCUGGGUGCCCACGAUGCAGGUGGGGGCUGCUCCUGCUCGGUGCCGCUGAGGAGGUGUUGCUGGGCAGCUGAGGGGUGCCAGCCUUUGGGAGGGGUGAGAUGCCUGGGAAGCAGCACGUCUCGGGGCUUCUUGGCAAAAGGGGAGGAAUCAGUCUGCAUCUUCCAGGCUUCCUUGGUUGUAGUUGUCUGGACUGCUCUUGGAUUUAGAAACUCUCCCCUCCACGAGGCAGAGCCACUGCCCCAGCGGGACCUGCAGCCUCGCCCCACCCGCUCCAUCUUCCAGCACAAGGCCUCAGCCAGCUCUGCUGCCCAAAAGCCUGUGUUGCCAUCAAAUCCUGGAACUCACAAAAAGCAGGGCUGUACAUUCCUGACUGCAUCAGACUUCACAGACAGCAGUGACUAUGUGGAGUACUUGAAGGCAAACCUGGUGCGUGGCAUGCGGGUGCGCUUGCUGGAGGACUGUGGUGACGUUAGAGCUGGGGAGGAAGGCGAGUUUCUCCAGAGCACGAACAGCAUGCACACAGUACAGGUUUUAUGGCAGUCAACAGGUCGGACCUACUGGAUGCGUUGGCAGAUACUGGAGAUUAUUGGCUUUGGGGACCAGUGGGAAGAUCCUGCUGCUCAGAAAAAGGAAUAUAGUGUGAGAAAGAGCUUUAAUCUAGACACAGCAGUUCCACAGCCAUUGCUGUGCAAGCCCUUGGGGGGGCUUUACUCCCUGCCUUACCUGGGGCAGCGGCUGCCCAAGGCUGCAGAGACACUGAGCCGUGCCGAAUGGUGGGAGCUGCUCUUCUUUGUGAGGAAGCUGGAAGCACAGGAGCAGAAGGAGAUCACCUGUCUCAUCCAGCAGCACCAGGGAGAGCAGGUGGAUAAGGAAGGCCUGAUGCAGCUGUCGGUGCCUGCGGAGCUGGCCCAGAAGGUGCUGCAGGUCCUGGAGAAGCGGUGCGAGGGCAGCUCUCUGCGUGAGCUGCGAGGCUCCCGUGUGUACGGCAGACACUUCCUCGCUCGGGGGGCAGAGCAGGAUGGUGGAGGGAGCAGCGCGGUGUCCUCAGACGGUGGCGGCUGCGGGAGCACCGGCCCCGAAGGCGGCACGGCCAAGGCAGCGGAGGGAGACCUUUGUGCAGCCCCAGGGCCGCCCCAAGGCCGCAGUGUGGCAGUGAAGUCGGAUUCGCAGCUGUUCAGCGAGCUCUUGGAGAGGGAAGGGCUGUUCUUGCCAGAGGCGACGGAGGAGCAGAGCCAGGCGCUGGGCAGCUGCAAGGGGCUGAGUGAGAGCGGCUCGCUGGCCGAGCUCGCAGCUGCGGUGGACGUGAUCCAGAGCAGCAGCUCGGCCGUGGGGCUGCGCUUAGCUGGGCUCAAGCACAUCGUGGAGAUGCUGGAGGAGGAGCCCAGGUCGGAGCAGCAAGUCGGCGCAGCCCAGGGCGGGCUGGGCCCCGGGAGUGCCGGGGAGAAGCUGGUGCAGGUGGCGGUGCAGCUGCUGAGCACGGAGGCGGCAGAGAAGGCGCUGGUGGCGGUGACGCUGCGGCUGCUGGCCGUGCUGCUGGCCCGCCACGAGUGGCGAGUGCCCUUUGCCACGGAGGGCGGCGUGCGGGCCGUGCUGGCGUGCAUGCAGCAGCACGGCUGCUCCGGCCUGGUGCAGCAGGCCGGGCUGGCGGCCCUGAAGGUGCUGGUGGGAGCUGCGGACGGCGCUGCCGGUGGGAAGUGCUUGCCCUGGAACCACGGCGAUGCACAGAUGAUGCGGGAGAUCUUUGCCAGCAUCGGCUCUGCCUCCAGCGAGGGCUCUGCCAGCCUGCUGAGUAGCAUCCCUGCUGCCCUGAGCAGCAUGCAGAGGGUGCCAGGGGGCUCCUCAGGGGUGCAGAACGGCCUGCUGGUGGUGAACAUGCUGAUGGAUGGGCACCGGGGCCUGGCGGAGCAGCUGGCGAGCUGCGAUCUGCUGGCGGUGCUGCAGAGCUGCUGGAGGGACGGGCAGAGCAGCGGCUGUCCCCAGGCAGUGCUGGCCCUCAGCGCCAUCAAUCGCCUGGCAGAGCACCUGGGCCCGGAGGCAGCAGGCAGAGAGGUCCUGUUGGACCCGAAGGGCGUGCAGAGGCUGCUGGGUGGCCUGGACGACGGCGUCUUGUCCAAGGAGGUGGUGGUGGCCCUGGAGCGGCAGCUCUGGGCAGGUCCCAAAGACAGCAAGGGAUCCUUCCUGGGGGCUAGUGGGGCCAGUGAGCCAUCGUGCCUUGGCAAGGGGCAGAGCAGGGAGCCGCCACUGCGCUCUGCUUUCCCAUGGGAGUUCUCCAGCCCCUGGCACCGAGUGCUGCCCGGUCGCUGUUGCAGACUGAACCGGGCCCUGCAGCACGAGCAGGGCUUUGCCAACCGCUUCCUUCCCGACGACGAGGCAGCCCGGGCACUGGGCAGGACGUUCUGGGAGGCCCUGGUGAACCCCUUGGUGCAGUGCAUCACCAGCCCAGACCCUGAUGGUGUCAGUCCCCUGGCCUGGCUGCUGAGCGAGUACCUGGAGAGCGUGGAGCUGCCCCGCCGUGCCACGGGACACAGAGCUACCUUUGGAUCCUGCGUGCGGCGCCUGACCCAGCUCCUGGUGCACGUGGACCCCGGAGGCCCCGAGGCAGAGGAGACCAGAGCAGCUGGUGGGAAGGAGGGGAAGAACAAGGAGGUGCUGGCCAGGACUGCAAAGACUGUGGUGGAGAAGUCGAGAGGCCUGUGGGGAAUCUCACAGUGCUGGCGUGGCGUGGUGCAGCAGCAGGUGCAGCAGUUCCUGGAGGCGGCGGGGCAGGCGCCGGACCUUGCGGAGCGGUACUGCCGGCUGUACCAGCGCCUGCGUGGGGCCACAGAGGAGCUCUUUGGGCAGCAGGCUGCCUUUGUGCUGGCCCUGGGCCAGGGCUUUGCAGGGGCUUUGCUGCAGCUCUCCUUCCUGACUGCCCUGCACGUGAGUGAGCAGUUUGCCCGCUACCUUGACAUGCAGAUCCAGGAGCUCCGCAGGGCUGCGGGCAGCACGGGGCCUCUGGAGCGGCUGCAGCAGUUCUUGGAGCCCUUUGUCGUCUUCAGUGGCCUGGAGCUUGCCCACAGCUUUGAACACUUCUACAGGCUCUACCUGGGGGACCGGCUCCUGACGCAAGGGCCAUCUUGGCUGGAAGGAGGCAUCGUGGAGCAGAUUGGGCUGUGCUUCCCCAGCCGCUUUCCCCAAGAUAUGCUGAGCAACUUGGCCCAGUCGGAGGAGCUCCAGCGGCAGUUCUGCCUCUUCCAGCUGCAGGAGCAGGACAAGCGGCUGCUGGAGCUGGACACGGGCCUGGACGAGGUGCUGGGAAGAGCCCCAGUGGCAGAUGUGCCAGAGGUGAAGGUGCUGGCCCUGUCCCCGCGCUGCUGGCCUGUUUCCCCGCUCUGUUACAUGGAUAACCCUGCGAGGUUUUUCCCAGCGGAGCUGAGCUCCCCACUGGAUGAGUUUGCUGACUUCUGCCGGCAGAGCCAGAGCCAGCUGGGCUGGGAGUGCACGAAGCCCCGUCGGCUGCAGUGGACGUGGCUGGGUCACGCCGAGCUGCAGUUUGGAGACUGCGUUCUGCACGUGUCCACACUACAGAUGUACAUCCUGCUGUGCUUCAACAGCGCCCAGGAGGUGGCUGUGGAGGCCCUGCUGCAGGCUACAGGGCUCCCUGCUGACCUGGUGCACCACGCGCUGACACCGCUGACCCACGGCCAGGGUGUCCUGGUGGGGAGCUGCACUCUGGGGGGUGCACUGCGGCUGAACCAGGCAGCCCUGGCCCAGAGCUCCGGCCGCCAGCUGAGGCUGCUGCCCCAGCAGAGGUACCUGCGGACAGAGAGGGCCGAGGUGAGCGCCCUGGAAAGGAAGAGGAACGUCCUGUGCUGCCUCAUCACCCGCAUCCUCAAGCUGGAGAAGCAGCUGCACAUCGACAAUCUGGUGUUCAGGGUGAUCGAUGCCUGUCAGAAGGGCGAGUUGGGGCCAGGGGUGCAGUUCCUGAGCUUCUGCUGCCACAGUGUGGACGUGCUGUCCUGCAUCCUGCACCUGCUGAACCAGGGCUAUCUCCAGCGCCAGGAGGGGAGGCCUCAUGUCUUGGAAUACAUCUCUGCUGAAGCCACAACGCUCCCCACUUCUCAGGUCCAGCCACAGGUUGCCUUCCAGACUGUAGAGAUCAAGACAGCAGUAAACCUGGUCUCUGCCGAAAGGAGACAGACUUUUUCCACAUUCAGGUAGAUGAGGACUUGGCUGGGAGGACUAGGGCUGAAUCCAGUCUGUCUCUUCCUAAACACGUGUUUUAUAUAAAUAAAUGAGCCAAGCUCCA